UUUUGGUUGUCUUCCGCUUUCUUUUCUUCCGAAAUUCAAUCAAAUUAACUGAAUAUCUUUACAGUUUUAAUAUAAUCUCAAUAUGCACAUACAAUUAUCACUGAAACACAUAUUCAUGUCAGUAAUUUUUCACCAUCCGCUCGAUUUUAGGGAUUUGGAGGUUUGAAUUGUUCUUGGAUAGUACAUAAGUUGAAACUACAAGUAGAAUUCAAUGGGGAGAAAGAAGCCUGUGCGUGAAGACGAGAGUCUUGAAUCUUCCAAGUAGGGUGGUGGGGGUGGAGGAAAGUCAAAGAAGAAGAAUCGGGUGAUAGAUGAUGAUGAUUACUCAGUGGUUCUGGAAGAGAAAGUCGAUGUAGUGCCAGAGAUUAGUUAGAAGAGAGGUAAAAAGGGUAGGAAGUCCGGGGCUCGAGAUGAGGACGAUGAAGAAACAGAGGACAAACUUGUUAGGAAAGAGGAUGAUGAUGAUGAGAAAAAGAGGUUGGGACGCAGUGAAAAGAAUCUUGCUAAGCAGGUUGGUGGAGGAGGGAAGUCAAAGAAGAAGAAUGUGGCCACUGAUGAUGAUGAGUACUCUAUCGGGACUGAAAUAUCUGCUGACCCUAGGGUUCAGGAAGAGGAAUUAGCACCAGCAGUGGUAUUUGGCAAGAAAAGAAGUAAAAAGGGGAAGAAGGGUGGGGUUAGUACGUCUGAUUAUGGAAUUCUUGGUCAGGAUGAUGAUUAUGAUGAUGAAGACGACAUGGCAGGUUUGCCAAGGGAUAUGGAUACUGGUGAUAGUGACCGAGAGGCUGAAAGUGUUGCUUCCCUUACUGGAAAAACAAAGAAUUUAAAGCUGGGGAAGAGCAGUGCAAGUUUGUUUGUUACAUCUGCAUUUCAUGCCAUUGAUGAUGAGGAUGACGAAGCUGGGCAGCUGUCUGAGGAAGAUGAAGAGCCAGCAGUUGUCUUCACAGGUAGGAGUAGUGGUAUUUCUUUUAGUUCUGCUUUUCUUGACGAAGAAAAUGAUGCAGAUACCUCUCUUAAAUUGGAGACAGAGGCAAUUGAAGAAGAUGAUGCACCAGAAAUUAUUUUUUCAGGUAAAAAGAAGUCAUCUAAGAAAAAGAAUAAAAGUGCAUCUAGCACAAUGGAUACUGCUGUCGGAAAUGACUCAACUAAUGUCUCUGAUCAAGACCAAGCUAGCCUAGGGGUUGAUCGGGAAGAUGCUGAUGAUAAUAGAGGCAAAAAGCAGACAACGGAUGUGUCAGAAACUUCAAAGAACAAAACCAAGAAAAAAAAGGGUGGGCAUACUCUUCAAGAGGAGGAGGAUGAGAUCGACAAGAUUCUGGCAGACCUGGGUGAAGGGUCAACAAUUCCUGCUCCUGCUUCUCUUCCACAAGAGGAGAAAAGUCAACAGCAGUCUCAAUUAGGAGAUGAUACAGGGGAAAGAGAAGCAGUUGAGGAAGGAGCUGUGGAGUCUGCUGCGAAGAAGAAGAAAAAGAAGAAGGAAAAGGAGAAAGAGAAAAAGGCAGCUGCAGCGGCAGCAGCUGUCUCCGAGAUGGAGGAAAAGCAAGAAGUAACAAAGAAUGAUACCAAAGGAAAAUUGGCAGAUAAAAAGCAGUAAAAGCAGGUUAGGGAGAUGCAAGAGAGACUUAGUCCGUUUUGGAAGGAAGCUGAAGAAAGGAAGAAGAAGGGAGAAGAGGAAAGAUUAAGGAAGGAAGAAGAAGAACGCCUUCGACUGGAAGAACUAGAAAGACUUGCAGAGGAGAAAAAACGCUUGAAAAAAGAGAGGGAGAAGGAAAAGCUCGUGAAGAAGAAACAAGAAGGGAAAUUGCUUACUGGAAAGCAAAAGGAAGAAGCUCGAAGAUUAGAAGCAAUGAGAAAGCAAUUUCUCACUAGUAGUGGGGCUUUGCCACUUUCAACUGCAGAGAGUAUAAAAGAGGCAACCAAACGGCCCAUUUACCAAUCAAAGAAAUCAAAGGCACAAGCUCAGGCUGAUGGAAAAACGCAGGAAGAGUCUGUUGAAAGCACAGAAGUGCAAGAAAAUCAGCAGGAGAUUUUCUCUGAGGUUGAUUCCAUUGAUACUGAGAAGGUUGAGGAUAUGGAUAUAGUAAGCAUAGAGGAGAAGUCAGAAGUAGUUGAUGCUGAAGAAAACAGAGUUGAAGAAGAGGAAGACGAUGAUGAGUGGGAUGUGAGAUUUUGGGAUGAUGCCGAUCUUAAACUGCCAGGAAAGAGUGCUUUUGAAGAUGAAGAGCUAGAUUCUGAUUCCAAAACUAUCAUUAAGAAAGAGAUUAAAGCUGCAAGGUCCGUUGCAAGUGAUGCAGGGCCACUGCCUGUUGCUGCCAAGUCUGUAAUUCCUACUCAAAAAGCGGUUGCAAGUGUACCAGCUGUCACUACGAAUGAUGGGAGUAAGAAGAAGGAGCCUGAGGUUGUGGUUUCAGGCCAAGGAACAGAAAAACAUGGUGCUUCUUCAAGCAAGAUUGAAGACAAUCUCCGGUCUCCUAUUUGCUGUAUCAUGGGCCAUGUUGAUACUGGUAAAACCAAACUUCUUGACUGCAUACGAGGAACUAAUGUUCAAGAAGGUGAAGCUGGAGGGAUUACACAGCAGAUAGGUGCAACUUAUUUUCCAGCUGAGAAUGAGAGAACUAAGGAACUAAAAGCUGAUGCCAAGCUGAAAAUGCCUGGAUUGUUGGUCAUUGACACACCCGGACAUGAAUCAUUCACUAAUCUGUGUUCUCGGGGUUCAGGUUUAUGUGAUAUUGCGAUUUUGGCUGUAGACAUUAUGCAUGGGUUGGAACCGCAGACUAUUGAGUCACUUAAUCUUCUAAAGAUGAGGAAUACAGAAUUUAUUGUUGCUUUGAACAAGGUAGAUAGGCUUUAUGGAUGCAAAGUGUGCCGCAAUGCACCUAUUGUGAAGGCAAUGAAGCAACAGUCCAAAGAUGUUCUAUUUGCAUUUAAUACCAGGCUUAUUCAGAUUGUGACCCAGUUCAAGGGUAUAAAUACAAAAUUAUACUAUAAAAACAAAGAAAUGGGUAAGGAUACUUUUAGCAUUAUACCAACUAGUGCAAUCAGCGGUGAAGGUAUUCCUGACUUAUUGUUAUUACUGGUCCAAUGGACUCAAAAGACAAUGUUCUGGGAGCUACACUUCGCCGUCUCCUCUCCACCGGCGAACAACCACAGCCACCACCGCAAUCCCCCUCCCGUCGCUCAGCCGGCGAAGGCCAGGAGACAGCCGCCGUCUCUCUCUCUCCCUCUCUUCAUCCUUUCCUUUCCUCUUCUCUCUCUAGUCGCCGCUCCGACCGGCGAAGACCACCGGCGAACGUGGGACCAGCAAACUCUGACAAAGCAACAUUCGUUGGACUUCGACAGUCCUUUAGAAGUCAAAGUUGUCGGAAAUCUCGAGCCCCUGCGUAGGCGAAGGCAGAUCUGUAAAGAUCUUCUUCACGCCGCCUUCAGCCCUUCAGCUCUUCACGCCUUCACCGCUUCACGCCGCCAUCAGCUUCACGCCGCCUUCAGCUUCACUACUUCACGCCGUCUUGAGUGUGAGUUUUGGGUUACUACUGCUGAUUUAUAUGUUGGGAUGGAGAGCCUAACAGGGGCCUUCUCAAAUUUCUUGAUAAAAUUCGAUAUCAAUGGAUUUGUGACAGGGUUUGGGAACCCAGACUGGUCAAGGACUCACGAACCUGCUAGUCAGACGUCUACCGUGGUCAAGACACUUGUUGAAGGAGGAGCCACAUGUACUGGAAGAACUGUUGUAGAUGACAUGGCCUUUGGUAUUAGUGGUGAACAAAGACAUUUUGAUACUCCAACAAAUCCGGCUAUGAAGCUGUUGGAGUUGAGCUUAAGUGCCUCAAAAGUCAAAAUUGCUGCCAUAUUUGCAGAACUUGGAGUUGCCGCUUUAAAGUUUCUCAUAAAAAAGGGUAGACAAAUGCUUACCUAUGGUAUCAGGUUGAUUUUCCCAAUUCCUACUGCCCCUAUUGCCCUUCUUUGUCCACAAUUGUCAGAUCCACUUAUUCGGUUUAAACUUUCAGAAUUGCGAUUUUUCAGCACUUAUGACUUUUUUUCUUGUAAUAUUUUUAUUCAGGGAUCAUAUCUGCAUCAUAAAGAAAUCGGGAUAAAGAUUAGUGCUCAGGGGCUUGAGCAUGCAAUUGCUGGCACUAGUUUAUAUGUUGUGGGGCCUGAUGAUGAUGUGGAGGACAUCAAAGAAGCAGCUAUGGAAGAUAUGAGGUCGGUGAUGGGCAGGAUUGAUAGAAGUGAAGAGGAAGUUUAUGUUCAAACUUCUACGCUUGGAUCAUUGGAAGCUUUGCUGGAGUUCUUGAAGACUGACAAAGUAAGCAUACCUGUCAGUGGAAUUGGCAUAGUCCCUGUGCACAAAAAGGAUGUCAUGAAAGCUAGUGUCAUGCUUGAGAAGAAGAAAGAGUAUGCAACUAACUUGGCCUUUGACGUGAAAGUGACACAAGCAGCUCGAGAACUUGCAGAUGAGGCUGGUGUCAAAAUUUUUGUUGCUGAUAUUAUUUAUCACCUGUUUGAUCAGUUUAAGUCCUAUAUUGAUAAUCUCAAGGAAGAAAAAAAGAAGGAAGUCACUGAAGAAGCAGUCGUCCCUUGUUUGCUCAAGAUUGUACCUAAUUUUGUCUUCAACAAGAAGGAUCCAAUUGUCGUAGGAGUUGAUGUUCUUGAGGGCAUUGCCAGGGUCAGGACUCCAAUAUGUAUCCCACAGAGGGAAUUCAUUGAUAUUGGUCGGAUUGCGUCCAUCGAGAACAACCAUAGGCCUGUUGACUCUGCCAAGAAAGGCCAGAGGUUGGCCAUUAAGAUAGUUGGGUCUAACUCUGAGGAGCAACAGAAGAUGUUUGGCAGGCAUUUUGAAAUCGAAGAUGGGCUUGUUAGCAAAGUCUCGAGAAGAUCCGUUGACAUUCUCAAGGCCAACUUCCGGAAUGACUUAUCUGUUGAAGAUUGGAGGCUAGUUUUUAACUUGAAGAAAUUAUUCAAGAUACAAUGAGACUUCAUUGCAAACCUUUCAAGUAGCUACAGCCUUGGCCUUUUGUGGCACUGCAUUGGGGCUCAGCAGUUCAUCAGGGCAAGAAACAGUGAUUUUGUUGGGACUCAUAAUCAUAAAGGAUGGAACUGCUUAGCUUACUAAACCAGCAACAACGGAGUAAGCUCCCAUAUCCGAUAUGAAGGGCUGCUUUCCUGCAGAGGAAAACUUUGGUUGUUGAGCUUGCCGUUAAAGAGUGAGAUGUUGACUCUAUAGCAGCUUCAAAUCCUUCACCGGUGAGCUCAAACUCGAUAUAGAAGGGGGCGCUGUAUGCCUUUUUGGUAGAUUGCUCUUUGAAUUAAAGAUAUAACCAGUCAAUGGCAGUUGCAGUUUCCUUCAGUUGGUUCUGUGUACAGCUCUUUUAGCAGUGUAGUAAAAGGAGCAAAGCACUGUGAGAAUUUUGGUGGUGUUGGCCAAUCUCAGAGAUAAGUGUGUUGUAGAGGGGCGGCAAAACAUUACGUACAAUUCUUUUGAUGUGCUUGUGAGUAUGCCAAAGAACUGCAAGUUAAUGGCCUGCUAUUUCUUGCUAUAGCUUUUCUAAUAAAUUUCUUUUAAUUUUCUCAGAA